GACUGCGGAGCCGAGUGAAUUUAAGUAGAUCUCCAGGCUGUUCCAUCCAUCACCAUAAACCAACAUGAGUCUGAACGAGAGUGACAAGGCCGUCGUCAGGGCCACAUGGAGCAAAAUCUCCAAGGCAGCGGACGUCAUUGGGGCUGAUGCCCUGGGCAGGAUGCUCUGCAUCUAUCCGCAAACCAAGACCUACUUCACCCACUGGCCAGACGUAAAACCCGGCUCAGCUCAUGUGAAGGAGCACGGAAGGAAGGUAAUGACCGGAGUUGCUAUGGGCGUGGCCAAGAUCGACGACCUGAGCGCUGGCCUGCUGGAGCUCAGCGAGCGGCACGCCUUCCAGUUGAGAGUCGACCCGGCCAACUUCAAGCUCCUGUCCCACUGCAUUCUGGUGGUGAUGGCCAUCAUGUACCCCAAGGACUUCACCCCUGAAGUCCACGUCGCCAUGGACAAAUUCCUGAUCAGCCUGUCCCUGGCUAUCUCCGAGAAGUACCGCUAAUCUGCCCCCUCUGUAUGCGCGGUGUGCCGCACACGCCCAUGCAAAACCCAUGGUGAACAAAGUGACAGAAUAAACUGCAUGCCGCCCAAAACUCA